AUGGGCUUCCCGAGGUGGCUGGUCCUCUGGACGAGAGAUUGGUUGACCGGUCGAGAGGCCACCCUUCUUUUCGACGGCAAGACGGCGGCGCCGACGGCAAUUCGGGCAGGGGUCCCCCAAGGCUCACCCCUUUCCCCUGUCCUCUUCAUCCUCUACAUUUCCUCAUUAUACAAGCAGCUAAAAGACGAGCACCCUCACUUGGCUAUAACGGGGUUUGCGGAUGACACCAACCUUCUAUGGACCGAACAAGUAAACCUUGCCAACCCAGGGGGAGGCACCAGCCCCGUUAAACCAGAAGGGUCUGCCAGGUUCCUGGGAGUCUGGUUGGACUGGAAACUCAACUGGAAGGCCCACCUGGUGGCGGUGGAGAAGAAGCUGAGGACCCAGAGCUAUGCCCUGUCGAGGAUCGUGGCAAAGACAUGGGGGAUGGGGCUAGCCAAAGCGCGAGAAGUGUACACAAAGUGCAUCCGGUCGGCGCUGGCCUAUGGCGCAUCAUCGUUUCACAUCCCCACGGAUGUGGGAGGCGAGCCGGCAAAGAAAGGCAUCACUAAGGCCCUCGGGAAGGCCCAGAACAAGAGCUUGCGGAUUGUGGCGGGAGCCUUUAAGUCUACCCCCAUCCGUAACCUCGAGACAGAGACAUGGGUACCACCAUUGGACUUGUACCUAAACAAACGGCUUGCAGAUUUCGAAAACCGACUCCAACGACCCGAUCUGGACGACGGUCGAGGCGGCAAGAAGACGGCGGCGAGCGUUGUCCUCACCGCCUGCCGCAAGAUACAGCAGAGACUUAGCUCGAGGAGGGGCAACAAGGGCCGACCGCGAACCUUGGGACCUCAAGGGCCUACGGUGGUGGAGAGAGCCGCGGAAACGGUCAUGCGCUGGACGGGGGGAACCGUUGAUACGAACAGGGUAGUAGAAGAGGCUUGGAAAGCGAGGUGGUUAAAGGAACGGGACGGCAGGGCAAUCACCAGGCCGGCGGACGACUUUGACCAUCAGCAGGAGACGCUAUUCCGGAACGAAACCCUAAGGAGGCACGACGGUCUCAGCAAGGCGAAGAGCUCACUGCUGAUUCAAAUCCGGACGGGAGCAAUAGGCUUACGGGACUUCUUGUUUACACGGGGAGUCCCGGAGGUUCUGACUCCUGCCUGCGAGUGUGGCGAGGGACGAGAGACUGCCGAACACCUGGUAGUGUGGUGUUUGGCCCCACCGUUGACUAGAAGAUGGGAGAGAACUGGAAUUCGGACACGACGGGACUUUUACUCUGUUCUACACGGCAUCAAUCCCACGACUGCACGGCUCGCGAGGAGAGUUCUCGACUGGCUGAUGGACUCGGGGAAGCUGCCGAUAGUCAGACACAUUCGAUCAAACUUGCGAGGAUUCAAGCCUUUCGUGUUGUCCCUUUUGGGCAACGAGAGCCGGGAGAGGCCCAUUACAGGCUCCUUGCAGGCAGGCAGGCACCGUUAG